GCGUGCUCGGCCCCGCCCCCGGUCGGCGGCGCUCAGAGCCCGAGUCCGCGGGAAGAUGGCGGCUCCGCUCAUCCCCCUCGCCCAGCAGAUCCCCUCUGGAAACCCAUUAUAUGAAUCUUAUUACAAACAGGUAGACCCAGCGUACACAGGGCGGGUUGGGGCAAGUGAAGCUGCACUUUUCCUGAAGAAAUCUGGACUCUCAGACAUUACCCUUGGGAAGAUAUGGGACUUGGCCGACCCAGAAGGUAAAGGGUUCUUGGACAAACAGGGUUUCUACGUGGCACUAAGGCUGGUGGCCUGCGCACAGAGUGGCCACGACAUCGCCUUGAGCAACCUGAACCUGAGCAUGCCGCCACCCAAGUUUCACGAUACCAGCAGCCCGCUGACGGCUGCCGCGCCCCCUGCUGAGGCCCACUGGGCCGUGAGGGUAGAAGAAAAAGCAAAGUUUGACGGCAUCUUUGAAAGCCUUUUGCCUAUAAAUGGUCUGCUGUCCGGGGAUAAGGUCAAGCCCGUCCUCAUGAACUCCAAGCUGCCACUGGACGUCCUGGGCCGAGUCUGGGACCUCAGUGACAUCGACAAGGAUGGGCACCUGGACAGAGACGAGUUCGCUGUGGCCAUGCAUCUGGUGUACCGCGCCCUGGAGAAGGAGCCAGUGCCUGCCGUCCUGCCCCCGUCCCUCGUGCCACCUGCCAAGAGAAAGAAGACGGUGUUCCCAGGAGCUGUGCCCGUGCUGCCUGCCAGCCCCCCACCGCGGGACAGCCUGCGCUCCACGCCUUCCCACGGCAGCGUCAGCAGCCUCAACAGCACCGGCAGCCUGUCCCCCAAGCACGGCGUCAAGCAGGCCCAGCCUGCAGUGAGCUGGGUGGUGCCUGUGGCUGACAAGAUGCGCUUUGACGAGAUCUUCCUGAAGACGGACCUGGACCUGGAUGGUUACGUGAGUGGCCAGGAGGUGAAGGACAUCUUUAUGCACUCGGGCCUCACUCAGAGCCUGCUGGCGCACAUCUGGGCCCUGGCCGACACAAGGCAAAUGGGGAAGUUAAGCAAAGACCAAUUCGCGUUAGCUAUGUAUUUCAUUCAGCAGAAGGUCAGUAAAGGCCUCGACCCCCCUCAAGUCCUGUCGCCAGACAUGGUCCCGCCCUCAGAGAGAGGCACCCCAGUCCCGGACAGUUCAGGCUCCCUCGGCUCAGGGGAGUUCACUGGUGUGAAGGAGCUGGAUGAUAUCAGUCAGGAGAUAGCGCAGUUACAGAGGGAGAAGUAUUCACUGGAACAAGACAUUAGAGAGAAGGAAGAGGCAAUCAGACAGAAAACUAACGAAGUUCAGGAAUUGCAGAAUGAUCUGGACCGGGAGACGAGCAGUCUGCAGGAGCUGGAGGCUCAGAAGCAGGACGCUCAGGAUCGCCUGGACGAGAUGGACCAGCAGAAGGCCAAGCUCCGUGACAUGCUGAGCGACGUGCGGCAGAAGUGCCAGGACGAGACACAGAUGAUUUCGUCACUGAAGAUGCAGAUCCAGUCGCAGGAGUCAGACCUGCGGUCCCAGGAGGACGACCUGAACCGGGCCAAGGCUGAACUGGGCCGCCUGCAGCAGGAGGAGGCACAGCUGGAGCAGAGCAUCCAGGCCGGGCGUGCCCAGCUCGAGACCAUCCUUAAGUCCCUUGCGUCCACGCAGGAUGAGAUCAACCAGGCGAGAAGCAAGCUCUCCCAGCUGCAUGAAAGCCAGCAGGAUGCCCGCCGCGGCCUUCCCCCAAGUGAUGAGGUCCUCAAUGGGGUGCCCAGCCUCACCGACCUGACCGAGCAGGGCGGCUUCGGAGCCACGGUGCAGGAUGAUCCUUUCAAAAAUAAAGCCUUGUUAUUUAGUAACAACACCCAAGACUUACACCCGGACCCCUUCCAAGCUGAAGACCCUUUCAAAUCUGAUCCGUUCAAAGGAGCUGAUCCCUUCAAAGGUGACCCUUUCCAGAAUGACCCUUUUGCAGAACAGCAGACUGCUUCAACAGAUCCAUUUGGAGGGGACCCCUUCAAAGAAAGUGACCCAUUCCGUGGAUCUGCCACUGAUGACUUCUUCAAGAAGCAGACGAAGAAUGACCCAUUUACCUCAGACCCUUUCACGAAAAACCCCUCCUUGCCUUCCAAGCUCGACCCCUUUGAGUCCAGUGAUCCUUUCUCAUCCUCCAGUGUCUCCUCAAAAGGAUCAGAUCCCUUUGGAACCUUAGACCCUUUUGGAAGUGGGUCCUUCAACAGUGCUGAGGGCUUUGCCGACUUCAGCCAGAUGUCCAAGCCCCCACCUUCUGACCCGUUCGCCUCCUCCUUUGGAGGAGCAGGAUUCUCAGAGGAUCCCUUUAAAAGUAAACAGGACACUCCCGCUCUGCCUCCGAAGAAGCCCGCUCCUCCUCGGCCCCACCCACCCAGCGAAGAAAUGGCUGAACAGAAAAACACUGCACUGUACUCACUGUUGGGCGGUCACAGUACGCCUGUAAGCCAGCUCGGCCCAGCCGACCUUCCUGAGCCCCCCGACCCCUUCCAGGCACUUGGGGCUGACAGCAGUGACCCGUUCCAAAGUAAAAAGGGGUUUGGGGACCCAUUUAGUGGAAAAGACCCCUUUGCUCCCUCCUCUGCGGCUAAGCCUUCUAAAGACUCCUCCUUGGGGCUUGCAGACUUCACCUCUCAUCAGUCCUUCCCAGGCGCCCGUCUUUCGUUUAGCUGCUGAACUCAUUAACCAUCUGCACCACCGGGGGACUCUCCCUCUUUUAUAUCAUCGUCUGAAAACAUGCAAAACGGCCCCCUCUCAGGGACUCAAGAUGCCUUGCCAUUGGCCUGGUGCUGGGGGCUCAGUGGCCCCUGGGUUCAUGAACGUCAAAGAUUCGUGCUACCUUGGAGAGGUCAAAGCUGGUGCCUUCGGUUUGAUUAUUUCUGCUCCCCCAGUGAAUGCCGAAAGCUCUCCAACCUCAGCCCCGCUGACCUACAGCCAUCAUGAGACUUGGACAUUCCAUGUUCCCAAGCACAUUCAAGACGCCUUGUUAUUUGUCCAAAAGCGAUCGGUCUACGUUGGAUCUAGGGAAGCCAGUCUCACCCACAGAAGCUGCUCGUUGCCCCUGUUCUGGCUCUGGCCCUGCAACUUGGAACCUUUUAAUUUACGAGCCCAAGUGUCCCUCAGUGGGAUGUUUACGCCUGUUGCUGUGCAUGGAAACCCUCUUCCAUCCCUGGCGUGUCUUGAAAAGCAGGCCUUUCUGUUCACUGGGAAGGCGUGUUUCCAGGGGAGCAGAGCAGCUGUUUUAGAGGUCCGCAUCAAGAGCAGGCUGGAUCUCAGGUUGGAUGAGAGGCGCUGUUGAUACUGAGGGAGUUGGGUGCAGUUUCUGCGUCAGGAUAAGCGAGCUCACUGGAUGUGGCUAAAGGGUCCCCUGCAUGUCUCCAUGAGGACUCUGUGACCUGCAGCAGCGCGUGGGUGCAGAUACCCCCGAGGGCCACCAGGUCUACCUGGAGCGCGGAUGUCCCCAAGGAGACCGCCAGAGCAUAGCUGGUGGGAUGAUCAGAAGGGCAGAUGGAAAAGGUUGUUCUGUGGAAGCUGGGCAGCUCCUGUGGGCUGGGCACACCGGCCCCCUCCCCCACUGCACUGCCCCAGUCGUGAUGGAACUCCUCCUGGUGGCACCUCAUCAGACAGGUCUGAGAACUAGAAAGUGGCCAUCACGGUAUCCCUCCAAGGCUGGAAGAGGAUUCUCUCUGAAUUCCAAAUGCAACGAGAGCCGAGCCGUAGAAAACGCCUUUCUUGAGUCCUCUUCCGGAACCCCAGUUGAACUUGACCCUUAUGGGCAUGUAGAUCCCUGUAUGAGAUCUGGGCCAAGAUGGAGUCUUGGCCUGGUGGCCUGCAGGUGGCGGGUGUUUACGUACGCAGUUAAGGGUUUAUCUGGGUGUCGCAGGUCCCCUGGGCAGGGGCCUAGGCAGUUCAGGAGGCAGAUUUAGGGCCUUGCGGGCUCGAUUCCAAGCUGGAACCAGCUCUGGUGUGGACCAGCCUCCCAGGACCCCCCUCCCAUCCCCGCUGGCUCCGUGCUGUUGACGGGUUGCUGUCACAACUGCGCUGUGGAAUGAUCCCACCAGCAUGUGUUGUUUUUUCCGUGUUUUUCUCCCAGCGAGGUGUUGGAAAGUUCCCCGAGGAUGGUGGGGAGGGGAUUCCCUUAUCUGUGGCCUGGUGGAAACAACAUGCACUGGUGGGAGCCAGCUUUCGGGUCCAGCCCGGAACCACCUGCUGAGGAGCAAGGGACCAACCUGUUUUCCAGAUGGUCUUGUCUUCGCACUGACCCUGUUCCCUGCCUGACAUCCAGGCCAGGUGGAAGGGGCGUCCUGGAUUCUACUGCCACCUCCUUCCCCUCCCCCUCCCUACUCUGCUCCUCCUCACUGCCACAUCUGACUCCAACCAAGGCCUCUUUC